UUCAGGAGGAGUGGCUAUCUUCAAGAGCAUCAAAGAACUCACACAGGGGAGAAACCAUUUGAAUGCUCAGAGUGUGGAAAGAGAUUCAGUCAGAGUGGCAAUCUCCAACGGCAUCAAGUAACCCACACGGGAACGAAACCUUUUGAAUGCACAGAGUGUGGAAAGAGAUUCAGUCGGAGUAGUCAUCUUCAACAGCAUCAAGUAACCCACAUGGGAGAGAAACCUUUUGAAUGCACAGAGUGUGGAAAGACAUUCAGUAGGAGUGGCUGUCUCCAACGCCAUCAAGUAACCCACACGGGAGAGAAACCUUUUGAAUGCUCAGAGUGUGGAAAGAGAUUCAGUCGGAGUGUCUAUCUUCAACGGCAUCAAAGUACCCACACAGGGGAGAAACCUUUUGAAUGCUCAGAGUGUGCGAAGAGAUUCAGUACGAGUAGGUAUCUUCAACAGCACCAAGCAAUGCACACAGAGGAGAAACCUUUUGAAUGUGCAGAGUGUGGGAAGAGAUUCAGUUGGAGUGGCAAUCUCCAACGGCAUCAAGUAACCCACAUGGAAACGAAACCUUUUGAAUGCACCGAGUGUGGAAAGACAUUCAGUCAGAGUAGCGGUCUUCAAGGCCAUCAAAGAACCCACACAGGGGAGAAACCUUUUGAAUGCUCAGAGUGUGGGAAGAGAUUCAGUACGAGUGGGAAUCUUCAACGGCACCAAACAAUCCACAUAGGGGAGAAACCUUUUCAAUGCUCAGAGUGUGGGAAGAAAUUCAGUUGGAGUCGCGAUCUCCAACGGCAUCAAGUAACCCAUACAGGGGAGAAACCUUUUGAAUGCUCAAAGUGUGGGAAGAGAUUCAGUUGGAGUAGCAGUCUUCAAGAGCAUCAAGUAAUCCACACAGGGAAGAAAGCUUUUGAAUGCACAGAGUGUGGAAAGAGAUUCAGUCGGAGUAGUCAUCUUCAAGAGCAUCAAAGAACCCACACAGGGGAGAAACCUCUUGAAUGCACAGAAGAGUGUGGAAAGAGAUUCAGUCAUAGUAGUCGUCUUCAAGAGCAUCAAAGAACCCACACAGGGGAGAAACUUUUUGAAUGCUCAGAGUGUGGGAAGAGAUUCAGUACGAGUUGGAAUCUUCAAGAGCAUCAAAGAACCCACACAGGGGAGAAACCAUUUGAAUGCACAGAAUGUGGAAAGAGAUUCAGUCAGAGUAGCAGUCUUCAAGUCCAUCAAAGAACCCACACAGGGGAGAAACCUUUUGAAUGCAGAGAGUGUGGAAAGAGAUUCAGUCUGAGUAGAAGUCUUCAAGAGCAUCAAAGAACCCACACAGGGGAGAAACCUUUUGAAUGCACAGAGUGUGGAAACAGAUUCAGUCGGAGUAGUCAUCUUCAAGUGCAUCAAAGAACCCACACAGGGGAGAAAGCUUUUGAAUGCAUGGAGUGUGGAAAGAGAUUCAGUCAGAGUCGAAGUCUUCAAGAGCAUCAAGUAACCCACACGGGAGAGAAACCUUUUGAAUGCAGAGAGUGUGGAAAGAGAUUCAGUCGUAGUAGUCGUCUUCAAGAGCAUCAAAGAACCCACACAGGGGAGAAACCUUUUGAAUGCAGAGAGUGUGGAAAGAGAUUCAGUCGUAGUAGUCGUCUUCAAGAGCAUCAAAGAACCCACACAGGGGAGAAACCUUUUGAAUGUUCAGAGUGUGGGAAGAGAUUCAUUCGGAGUGGCGAUCUCCAACGGCAUCAAGUAACCCACACAGGAGAGAAACCUUUUGAAUGCACCGAGUGUGGAAAGAGAUUCAGUCAGAGACUCAGUCUUCAACGGCACCAAACAAUCCACACGAGAGAGAAACCAUUUGAAUGCACAUGUACGUCCGUAUACGUCAGCACGCAGCGCGUCGUCACCACGCCGCGUCACAUUCACGAGAGUCAAUUCUUUCUUUUUAACCCCUUACGCUCUUGUCCAGCCGCAAAACUCGAAAAUUAUUCCGACUUGGGCAAAUUCCGACACUCCACUCCACCGCCUCUCUCCCACCGGUUAAACAGGCCCGCUCCCCAGCUCCGAGGCACCAGUCCUCCUCACGCGUCAGCUUCAAACGUCUGGGCCGACCGUCCUCCGACCGCGCCUCCGCUGCGCUGCGUCUCCUCUUAA